AUGUGCCAGGAAGAUAGGCUGAUUGAGGAGUGUGCAUGCCAGCACUUUAGGGAGAACGCCGUGACAGGCCACAGAGUGAUACCUGAGCCAUCCGAGUUCCACCUCAAACAGGAAUCACUCACGGACAAGGCAUGUAGCUCACCAACAAGUUUUGCGGAAGUGAUGGCAAGGAGAAAUGCAGCCUUGGCUGACAACCACCUCAGCUGCGCCUCUGCCAAGGCUUCAAUGGGAGGAAGUGCUAUGGAUAAUCCACAUGAUGUUGAAAUAAUAGCAGCAAUUAAAGAACAACUGGAAACCAACGGACCCGCUGCAGCCGCUGCAAAGAUCCAGACUUAUUUGGACGAGCAAGAUAAUAUUCAGCUAAAUAUUGCAAUUACAGGAGAGUGUGGUUCUGGUAAAUCCACCUUUGUUAAUGGCUUUAGAGGCAUACCCAACAGUGAUAAGGAAAGAGCCGCCCCUACUGGUGUUACAGAAACCACCAAAGAUGUUACACCAUACCCUCAUCCAAAUUAUCCCAAUGUUACACUUUGGGAUCUUCCAGGUAUGGGAACCACCAAGUUUCCAGCUGACGAGUACCUGAAGAAGGUUGAAUUCAAAAGGUUUGACUUCUUCAUCAUCAUCUCAGCUGAUCGCUUCAGAGAAAAUGAUGUGAAGCUCUCUGAGGAGAUUCAGAAGAUGGGGAAGAAGUUCUACUUUGUUCGCUCAAAGAUUGACCACAACAUAUAUGAUGCAAAAGAAACUCAGGGGUCAGAGUUCAACGAAGAAAAGACCCUUAAGGAAAUAAGGGAGGACUGCAUUCAAGAUCUUAAAGGACGUGUUGAGUCUCCACAAGUCUUCCUGGUGUCCAGCUGUAAACUCCACCUGUAUGAUUUCCGUCUGUUAGAGAAAACCUUAGAGGAAGAACUUCCUGCACACAAGAGGGAUGCUCUGCUGUUGGCCUUGCCCACUGUCAGUCUUGAAAUCAUCAUAAAAAAGAAAGAAGCUUUACAGGCUAGAAUAAAGUACCCUGCCGGUGUGUCUGCAUUGGGAGCAGCUGCACCAGUUCCUGGGUUAUCUGUUGCCAUUGAUAUGACCAUGAUUGCUGCCACCGUUAGACAGUACCAAGUCACCUUUGGUCCUGAUAGCGAGUCACUGCAGCGUCUUGCUGAGACUGUACGUGUGCCUUUGGAUGAGCUUAGAGCAGCGAUGACAUCACCACUGGCUGGAAAAGAAAUAACCAAAGAUCUUAUUAUUAAGAUACUGAGCUCUUCUGUGGCUUUCCUUUCAUUAAAUGUAGCAGAGGAAGGGUCUAGAUUUCUUCCAUUAUUAGGAAUCCCAGUAGCAAUGACCAUCUCUUUUCUCUCCACAUACCAAGCUCUCAACAUGUUCCUCAACAUGUUUGCUGAGGAUGCACAGAAGGUAGUUGAAAAGGCCCUGGGUUUGAACACCCCAGUGUGA